UAAGAGAAACAUCAGAAAUAAAACUAGAGGAUGUAGAGUGGGAUGUGUGAAUGAUCUAAGAAACCUCUUUUCUGAUUACUUGUGGUUGUGAAGUUUCAUUUUCCACUGUCCAAAAAUUCCCUCAAUCACAGGAAGGAUAUGAGGCGUACGCUUCAGUGCAUAUAAGAUGACCUUCAGUCUGUACCCCUCACAGUGCACUGCUUCUCCUUCUAUCUUCAGCUCAAAGAAGAUUUGCAGUGUCAGUGUCAUCUCGGCCACAGAGGCAACGAACUAUGUGCAGCAUCACUAAAGUCCUUCUGCUCCUGGCCGUCAUGGUCUGCAUCACUGCAGCUCAGCGCCAUGGAGGAGAACAGUGUCUCUGUCAAGGUCUCAGGAACAUGGUUAACAUGAAGUCGGGCGUAAAAAGCAUCCAGAUGUACCCAGCAAGUGUCUUCUGCAGCACAGUGGAGAUUGUGAUAACCCCCAUGAGAGGCAUGCAAUACUGCCUGAACCCGAACACUAAACAAGUGAAAUUCCUCUUGUCAAAGCUCAUGGAGACAAGAAAGAGUUCUACCACAGCCAGGCCUAAUGAGCACCGUUCUACGACGAACACCAACUAAAUAUUGUCAGUCUGUCUUUGGCUCACAUGACAACCCCAACAAAGCACCUUCUGUUUGAUAAUGUGAAAACAUUGAAUGCUUAUUUUAUGGAACUACUUUUUAGAAAAAAGUAUUUAUCUAUUUAUCUUGUGCUUAUCUGCUGUUAUGUGUAUAUAGAUACCUAUGGUGUUUAUAUAGAUACCUAUGUCUCUGUUACUUGUCAUGUCACACAAUUUGUUUUUGGAAAUAGUUUAUAUUUUUGAAAAUAGCAAUAAAGAGUUCAUAUUUUUUAAACUUAAAA